GCCGAGUGCAUGUGCAUGUGAAACUCCGCGUGGAAAUUAAUUUGAUAGGAAAAAUACUUCUGUUUGUCUUUUCUUGCUAUUCUCCUGAGGUAUUGUAAUACCGAGAUGAACAUUUCUAGUGACGAUCCCGUGACAGCGAAAGAAAUUCUUUAUUUGAAUUUCAAUCAAACUUCAACGACUUUGACAGUGGGCUCUAAGAAUGGGUACAUGAUUUAUGACUUGGAUCAAGUGUAUGAAUGCUCACCCACCUAUGAAAGUAGAAAUAUUGGGGAUAUUUGUAUAAUAGAAAGAAAUUAUACUUCAAGUUUAGUUGCUUAUGUGAGCUUGCAUUCUCCUAGGAGUUUGGUUUUUUACAAUUAUGCGAAAGGAGCUGAAAUAGCCGAAAAACUUUUUCCAAAUACAGUUUUAUCUGUGAAGUUAAAUAGAGAAUUCAUUGCUGUUUGCUUAGAAGACAGUAUAUAUAUAAUUAGCCUUAAGAAUAUAAAUGAUGGCAGUAUGCAUGCAAUUACAAAUAUACCAACAAAUGUUAAAGGUCUGUGUUCAAUGACAUCUAAAGAUUCUCCUACCCUGAUAGCUUAUCCAUGUAGCUGUACAAAUGGACAUGUGCAAAUUUUUGAUGCAACAAAAAAGAAAAGUGAUGGUGCCAGAAAUAUUUCUACACUUGCACGGCGUCAAAAAUCAAAAAAUUGUAUUGCUGUUUUUAGUAAAUCGGAAGAAAUAUGUCCCUUGAAGUAUGCAACUUUGAUGACAGUAGUCAAAAAAAACUUAAACUCAGAAAUUACAAAUGAAUUACCAUUCAUCAGUGAAAGUAAUGAAAUGGGUUAUGCUUCGCCAUUUUCAAACGUUAGCAAAAAGAUUACGGAAUUUCACCAGACAAUUCUAUUUGGCACAUGCAAUGAAGAUUUAAAAAGAAAUUUUGACGAAGAAAAAUAUGAAAAGAAUGUUACGCAGCAGGGUUCUGUCAAGGAUUCAGAUUUUUUUGACAAAUUAUUAAAUAGUAACUAUAGUGUUGAAGCAAAUGGCGGAAAAGGAAAUUUCAAAGCCAAGAAUCCAGAUGAAGAAAUGAACAAAAAACAUGAUGGGCAUUCUUUUAGAUUGGUUGAUCGGACCGAAAUGUGA